AUGGCGAUCUCAGUCGCUCAGAUGUAUCAGGAGCGUUUUUAUAGUGGCGCGUUUGCAGUUUUGUCAAAUAUUGACUUCAUUUUGUUGCGCGUUGAGUUUCUUCUGCUGUACAAGAAGUUAAUCCCCAGUAUUAUAUUCGCCUCAGUUGUGCAAAUUGUAUUUUGGAUUCCUGUACUUCUCCGACUUAAUGCAACCUUUGUCGCUGCUACGUUUUUGAGUGUGGGUCUGCUACUUGAUCUUGGGAAGAGCUGGCUGUUGCCAAAAAUUGAGUAUCUUCUACUUAUGUCAACAGGAUUUGAUAUGGCUUCUGAAGUCGAUAUUGCCUUGAAAAACAGGGAAAUUUUUUCUGUUGAAGAGUUGUCCUUUCAUGCUGCCAAGGGAUUCAGGAUAUUCUUAAAGCUUAUUAAUAUAUUUGCCCCCUAUCGAGAGCAGCGCCCACUCUUGUUUCUGAUUUUGUCCUGCAUAAUGAGCCUUCUCCUCAUUUGGAUUGGUUUAAUUGCGAAGGAGCACAAUCUAACAUAUGUUGUGGUCAACAUCUUCCUACUUCUUCCGGCCCUCAUGCAUCACCGAAUUUUUUCACGAACAUGGUCGGUGUUAAAGCCUUAUAUCGAUCAAAUCGAAGCCGAGUUCGAUCGGGGUCAAAUCGAGUCUAUUGCCGAAAGGGAGGCCGGGGAGAGGGAGCUCUGGGAGCCUCUUGCCACCUCCUCAUUUUUCAAUCCAUCUGAGCGAAGGUACAAUACUUCCACAGGUCGAUUUGACAAUUUUGAGGUGGACGUCGACGACUUUGAUGCUUCCGAAUCACAGUUCAUCCAGAGUUUUAUUCCCCACCGCUUGCACAUAUCAAAGGAGAAGAAUAAGGUCGCACUUGACGCAAUGACCCGGGAAAUAAUGGAGACCUGUAGGAAUCAAGAAGAUAUCGAUGAAUGGUUCUUGGAGGUCACUCAGGACCCGAAACACCCAGACAAGCGUAGUCAAAGUGGCAGCAUGACUGAAAAACAAACUCGUACAGCUGAUCUCAGUUCACUUAACGCCAACAGUGGCGCCACCGGUGAUCCAACUCUCAAUAGCGAAUUUGAUUCUGCCGAGUGGGAGGAAUUUUCGACUGAUGAGGAUGUGGAGGCAGAAGGAUUCGGCGAUGACAUUCGUGAAAAUGCCAAAUCCUAG